UUUAGCCUAACCAUUCUUACCUUUUCCAAUCUUCUUGUUCAUUUUCUGGUUCUUCUUUUCUUCUUCCCUUAAUAAGGAUCAACCUUCUCUCAUAGAUUCAUGCAUGCUACUUCAGAAAUUUGAUCUAUUACUGAGAAACUCUUCUUGCCAUCGUUGUUCAAAUCUUGUAGCAACAUUUGGAGUGUCUAUAAAUGAACGAGUACAAGAUUGAUUGUGUUGGACGGAUUCAACAAAGCUAUGGUCUAAAUGGGGAUUUGAGUUCAGAGUUUGGCAAUUGUUCUAGUCAAUGUUUUGAUAUGGCCAGUGGUGGAUUUGAAGAGGAAUCACACAUAGGCCAAACCAAAUCAUCUAGCAGCAUUAUAAGCCGUUUUGAAUCACCAGCUUCAGCCUUUUAUGCAACAGAAAUCUGCAUGGGAUUCCCACAAUAUGAUAGACUAGUUGGUAACCCCUCUUUGAUAUCUCAAUUCUCUAAGAUCAAUGAUGUGGAAUUCCCUUUGUAUCAAUCUCCAAGGCAAAACCUUUUCUUGGCUUCAUUGGCAAACCAACCUGCCCCUAACUUUGAGUUGUCAAAUCCCUUGCAAGCAAUGCUCUUAUCCCAUGUGAAUAGUGAUCAAUGUGUUAGAUCUCCUGAAAAGUCUAAUAAAAUCCCAUCUGGGAAUUUCCCUGGCAGCAGUUUUCUUCCAAUUGAACAACCCAAGUUGUUCAUUGAUGAUGCUGCAAGCCCUUCGGUUCCUUGUAUAGGAAAUCAGGAUCAAAGAAUUAGCUUCUCUUCUCAGCAAGAGAUGCUGUCACCAACACUCUCAGCAGGUAGUUUGCUAACUUCUUCUGGAAACUCUUCUUCAAAUGGACCAGUAGUCUCAAGUAAAACAAGAAUAAGAUGGACUCAGGAACUUCAUGAGAAGUUUGUUGAGUGUGUGAAUCGCCUUGGAGGUGCUGAGAAAGCAACGCCAAAAGCUAUAUUAAGGCUGAUGGAAUCAGAUGGAUUGACCAUUUUCCAUGUCAAAAGUCAUCUGCAGAAAUAUAGAAUUGCCAAAUACAUGCCACAAUCAACUCAAGGGAAAUCUGAGAAACGAACCAAUGUAGAGAAUGUGCAUCUUGAUGCCAAAACUGGCUUGCAAAUCAGAGAGGCACUUCAGUUGCAGCUAGAUGUUCAGAGGCGCCUUCAUGAACAACUAGAGAUUCAGAGAAAACUACAGUUGAGGAUUGAGGAACAAGGUAAGCAGCUGAAAAUGAUGUUUGACCAACAGCAGAAGACAAGUGACAGCAACUUGAGUACUCUGAAUUUGGGCAAUACAACUAAUAAUGAUAGACCUAUUAGUUCUAAAGAUGUUCAGGUUUCAGUUUCCGAAGGAUCUAAAAGAUUAUUUAUUCCUUCCAACAUAACUUAGAUAUCUACAAUCUCAUAUGUUCAUAGCUCUAUUCAUAAGCAAUUAAUUUUAGGAACAAUGUUCCAACAAAUCAUACUUGUAAGAGAGUCAAACCACACCAUACAAUUUCAUUUUGGUAAGAAAAGCACUUUUGUUAUCCUUGAAAACUCAAUAAAUUUGUCCAUAUAAGAUGAGUGUGCUACUU